CCGCCCGUCGGCGAGAUCUCGCGAACCACAUCGCAACGUAUGCGGCACAGACGCAGAAUCGGACGGGCCCGCCUUGAACGCCUCAGCGUAGUCGUCGUCCUCGUCCUGCGCCGCGCGCGAUUGAGCCCCUUGGCCGAGCGAGCCGAGCGCGCCGCCCUCUUUGUCUGCAGCGGAGGGACACCGGCGGAGUCGUGCGCGCGACGCGGCCCAGCUGAGGCGCAGUGAAGCCGUGACGUAGGGCGCCCACCAUUGAGUUCCUCGCGUCCCUAGCGCUGCCGCUCUUCGCCUCUCCUCCUUCUUCUCCUCCUUCUCCUUCCUCCCUCCUCCUCCGUGUCUCUGCGGGCCGCGACACGACUCUAGUGAAUGGUAGUGUCUAGAGAGGGUAUGUCCCUUCAGCUGAAAGGUGCCAAUGUCCGACCAGCCUAACCACCAUCCAGGGGGGUCCACGCUACGCCGCACGACACGCAGCAACGCCGGGGUCCGGGCUUCCCACACGGACGCAAGUACCCACUGGUCGAGGGGGGAGGCUCCUAAGCGCAGAGCUUCGCGGUCGCCCGUCGCGCGACACACCAAGCCACGGACGUCCGCCAAGGGUGGGACGAGCGCGGCUUGGAACGCCCCCGGAGCGUCAGCGACCUCCUCCUCCUCUGCGUCGUCGUCGUCGUCAUCGUCAUCAUUGGCGGCAGCGCCUGGCGAAGGAGAAAGAGGAGGAAGAGAGGCGGCAGCGGCUGACGAAGUCGCGAGCCAGGCCGGCGACCCGAAGCCGGCGGCGGCGCCGGCGGCGGCGACCAGGAAGGGCAGCCAGGACAGGGGAGGGGGCAGCCGGGGAGGGCAGCGGGGGCAGGGAGGGGCGGGGCGGGGGAGAGGGCGGGGAGCCAAUCAAGGGCAGUCGCAAAGCAAGGGCCCUAAGAGGCCCGGAGUUGAGCCGAAGGUCAGGACAAGUCGUCCGAAGAAGAGGAAGGAAGAGGAGCGAGCGGAGGGGAGCAAAACCGUUAGCCGAGUGGGAAGCUCCAAGCUGGCGUCGCGGCCCAGGCCAGCUCAGCAGCAGCAGCAGGAGGCAGCGGCAGUAACAAAACCCGUGACGGAGUCUACGGCCAGCGCGCCCUCCUCCUCCUCCAGGCCCGGGGCAGCCCAGGGAGCCGCUCUCAAGCAGACCAAGGAGCACCAGGCCAAAGGUCGCGGGUCCUCCCGCACGACCUCCAGCCACCGUCGGGCCAAGCCCGGCGCUGCCCCCCAUCUCGUCGCAGCCUCCUCGUCCUCGGCACCGACACCGCCGCCGCCGUCGUCACUGCUAACAUCGUCCGUGGCAGCAGCAGCGACCGCUCCAAUCGCCACGGAGCCGUUGACGCACGGCAACGCCAAGGCGACGGACGUGACGGCCUCGGCCACCUCGUCGUCAUCGUCGUCGUCGUCCUCCUCGUCAUCCUCGUCGUCCUCGUCGUCCUCUUCGUCGUCGUCUUCGUCGUCGUCAUCGUCAGCCGUGUCCCCCAGGGUCAGCCCCAGCGCGAACUUGCUGAAGCUGCGGCUGAGCUCGGCUCAGGGACCUCCGCCGCCUCCUGGGCAGCCUCCCUCCUCUUCGUCGUCGGCGUCAACGGCGGUAGCCGCCGCCGCCACUGCCUCCGCCACCUCCUCACCCACCGCGUCCACCGUGACUGUCGCAGCAGCAGCAGCAGCAGCAUCGUCGUCUUCAGCGGCGGCAUCGUCGUCGUCAUCGCUGGGCGCCGCCCCACAGGGGCUGGCUGUUGCGUCGUCAUCGACGUCGGCAGCCGCUGCUGCCGCGGCGUUUGCACUCUCGCUGUCGGCGCCACCCGGCGUUUCCGUGGCGACGGGCGCCAGGGAGACGAGGGCCGGACCCUCCGGGCUGCAGGCGAAGCUCGCCAGUCUGCGUAAGGGCAGCAGUAAGAAGAGGAGCGAGUCCCCUCCAUUGGAGCUCCCCGGGCUACGGAGGAGCACUCGCCUCAAAACCACGGGCUCGUGUGCUAGCACUAGCCGCCGCGGCUCUGGACUGGGCAAGCGCGGGGGAGGGGUGGCAGAAUCGCGCAGACAGGACAAGAUGGCCGACAGCGAUGGGAAUCAGGAAGGAGGAGGUGGCGGCGGCGGAGGAGGAGGAGGCGGUGGAGGCAGCGCAGGGCCCGGGGGGGCUCGCCCCCUGGACGACGCCCCCCAGGGAGCCGCCGCCUCCGGAUCCAGUCUGGGCGCUGUGGGCGUGGCCACGUCCGGGGAGAGCGAAUCGGAGGACUCGGACAUGGGCCGACUACAAGCUCUGCUGGAGGCCCGGGGGCUGCCCCCUCACCUUUUUGGCUCCCUGGGUCCGAGGAUGCAGCAGCUGUUCCACCGAACCAUCGGCACGGGCACCAGCUCCAAGGCGCAGCAGCUACUGCAGGGGCUGCAGUCGACGGGUGACGAGUCCCAGCAGCUGCAGGCCGUCAUCGAGAUGUGCCAGCUCCUCGUCAUGGGCAACGAGGAGACGCUGGGUGGCUUCCCCGUCAAGAGCGUCGUUCCCGCGCUGAUCAGCCUGCUACAGAUGGAGCACAACUUUGACAUGAUGAACCACGCGUGCCGUGCCCUCACAUACAUGAUGGAGGCUCUGCCGCGCUCGUCGGCAGUGGUGGUGGAGGCCGUGCCCGCACUGGUGGAGAAGCUGCAGGUGAUCCAGUGCAUGGACGUGGCUGAACAGGCGCUCACCGCCCUCGAGAUGCUGUCACGGAGACACAGCAAGGCCGUGCUGCAGGCUGGCGGCCUGGCCGCGAGCCUCCUCUACCUGGAGUUCUUCAGCAUCAGCGCUCACCGCAAUGCCCUCGCCAUCGCCGCCAACUGCUGCCAGAGCGUCACCACGGACGACUUCCACCUCGUCUCCGACUCCCUGCCCCUUCUCUCCGCUCGCCUCUCCCACCAGGAUAAGAAGUCUGUGGAAAGCGCUUGCCUCUGCUUCACCCGCCUCGUCGACAACUUCCAGCACGAUGAGGCCCUGUUGCAGCAGGUGGCCGCGCACGAGCUGCUUACGAACGUGCAGCAGCUGCUGGUGAUGUCGCCGCCGGUGCUGAGCUCGGGGAUGUUCAUCAUGGUGGUGCGCAUGCUCGCCGUCGUGUGCGGCCACUGCCCGCAGCUCGCAGCGCGGCUCAUGCGCCAGAACAUCGCUGAGACUCUGAGCUUCCUGCUGUGUGGGACAUCGGACAGCAGCAAUCAGGAGACGAUCGAGCUGGUGGCUCGCAGCCCCCAGGAGCUCUAUGAGCUCACCUCGCUCAUCUGCGAGCUGAUGCCGUGCUUGCCGCGGGACGGUAUUUUCGGCGUGGACGCGAUGCUGAAGAAGGGCGGGGCGCACACGCCGGACGCGUCCUCGUGGCAGUGGAGGGACGACCGCGGCGCGUGGCACGCCUACUCGCACAUCGACUGCCGUAUCAUCGAGGCUGCCCACGUGUCGGGCGAGGACGAGAUCAGCCUGUCCACGCUAGGCCGCGUCUACACCAUCGACUUCAACUCCAUGCAGCAAAUCAACGAGGACACCGGCACCGCACGUCCCAUUCAGCGCAAGCCCAACCCCCUCGCGCCCGGCGCGACGCGGCUGAGUGCGGCGGGCGGCUUGGAACCGCGCCCUGCGGACGAUGCGCGCACGGCACUCAUGCGCACGGAGCCGGCGCUCGCCAAGAACUUUGUGCGCACGCUGUUCGGGGUCCUCUACGAGGCCUACAGCUCGUCGGCCGGCCCCGCCGUGCGCCACAAGUGCCUGCGCGCCAUCCUCCGCAUCGUCUACUUCGCGGAGGCGGAGCUCCUCGUUGACGUGCUCAAGAACCAGGCCGUGUCCAGCCACAUCGCGUCGAUGCUGUCGAGCCAGGAUCUGAAGGUGGUGGUGGGCGCGCUGCAGAUGGCCGAGAUCCUCAUGCAGAAGCUGCCGGACAUUUUCCACAUUUACUUCAGGAGGGAAGGUGUGAUGCACCAGGUGAAGACGCUGUCCGAGUCGGACUCGGCGCUGGCGAGCCCGCAGAAGGACGCGGGGAACCUGGCGAUCGGCGUGGGGCUGGGGCUGGGGGCCCCCCACGCUUCGGCGGUUGGGGGGGGGCACACCCCCUCCCCCAUCUCGGCGUGCGCCUCGGCCGGCACGCCGAGCCCGUCGUCCGACACGCACACGCCCAGCUUCCACACGACGAGCACCGACGACUCGCUCGACUACGCCACGCAGGGACGGCUGAGUGACGUGCUGAAGCGCAAGCGUCUGCCUAAGAGAACGACGCGGAGAACCAAGUACUCGCCCACGCGGGAGGAGGGACAGAGGGAUGCCUCUGCCAAGAGCCCGACGGCCUCGACCUCCCCCAAGUCGUUCUUCGGGAGCCUCAACCCGAGCCGCUGGGGUCGAUCGGCGGGGCACGCCGCCCAGUCCUCGGCCUCCUCCUCGUCCUCCUCGUCGCACACUCACCCCGUGCCCUCGUCCUCCUCCACCUCGUCCUCCUCCUCGCACCUCCUCCACGGGGUGGCUGCCCCCUCCCCUGCGGGGCUGGGGGUCGCCAACCAGGUGGGCGGGGCCGGUGGAGUGGGCGCGGAGGGGCUGAGGCUGCAGGGGAUCGUGCGGGGAGGGGCGCACAGGGAGGCGGCGCACACCAAUCGGGAUAAGAUCCGCGCGUGGAUCAAGGAGCAGGCCGGCCGCUUCCUGCAGCGCUACUUCAGCUCCGACCCGCCCAGCGACGGUGCCACCCCGGCCCUCGGGGUGCUGCAGCGCCUGUGCCAUGCAGCACACAACCUCAACUCACAGCCGGACGGGGGUCUGCACUGCCUGCAGGAGAUGCGCUGCAUCGUGCUCGACUCGGACGUGUCGUCGUUUGAGAUCCAGCACAGUGGCACCGUCUCCAAGCUGCUGCACUACCUUAGUGGGCCUGGCGAAUGCCGCCACGCCCGCAGCCGCCGCUUUCUGCACGUCUUCAUGGGCUGCCCGCCCCCCGAGGAGGGGCCGGGCCGGGGCGUGGAUCCUCCUGACACGGCCCCGCUGCUCGCGCUCGUGCAGAAGAUGAACCUGUGCCUCUCCCAGCUGGAGCAGUUCCCGGUCAAGGUUCACGACCUCCCCAGCGGCAAUGGCACAGGCAGCAGGGGAUCACAAGCGCUCAAGUUUUUUAACACGCACCAGCUCAAGUGUCAGCUGAUCCGACACCCGGACUGCUCCACUGUGAAGCAGUGGAAGGGGGGGGCCGUGAAGAUCGACCCCCUCGCGUUGGUUCAGGCCAUCGAGAGAUACCUCGUGGUCAGAGGGUACGGGCGCAUUCGCGACGAGGAUGACGACAGCGACGAGGACGCGUCGGACGACGAGGUGGACGAGUCUCUGGCGGCCCAGUUCCUGAGCGCUGGCAGCGUGCGGCACCGGCUGGUGUUCUACAUGGGCGAGCACCCGUUGCCGUACAACAUGACCGUGUACCAGGCGAUCCGCCAGUUCGGGCUGCCCAGCGAAGAGGAACGCGAGAGCACUGACGAGGAGAGCAACCCCCUGGGCCGCGCCGGCAUCUGGAUCAAGACUCACACCAUCUGGUACAAGCCGGUGUGUGACGACGACGAGGUGAGGGUGGAGGUGUGCGGCAGUGGCGGGAAGAGGGGACGGGCGCAGACAGCGCCAGCCAAGCCCUCGCCCAAGGCCAGCAAGAAGCACGACUCCCUGUGGCACGACGGUGUGUGCCCCCCAGCGAGCAGCCCCCUGGACGCGUACCUGUGCGCCCGCCCCCCACACGCGCUCACCCUCGACGACCCCUCCCUUGAGGUCAUCCUGCUCAUCCGCCUCCUGCACGCGCUCAACCGAUACUGGUUCCACCUGUACGAGGAUGCGGCAUGCACAGAAGCCAUCCCCAGCAGCGAGUUCAUUAACAGCAAGCUGACGGCAAAGGCGAACCGGCAGCUGCAGGACCCGCUCGUCAUCAUGACCGGCAACAUCCCUGCCUGGCUCACAGAGCUCGGAAAGACCUGCCCGUUCCUGUUCCCGUUUGAUACGCGCCAGCUGCUCCUCUACGUGACGGCGUUUGACCGCGACCGCGCCAUGCAGCGCCUGCUCGACACUAACCCCGACAUCAGCCAGGCCGACGCGCAGGACAGCCGCGUCGCACCACGCCUCGACCGCAAGAAGCGCACGGUGAACAGGGAGGACCUCCUGAAGCAGGCGGAGAGCGUCAUGUCGGAGCUGGGAAGCUCGCGAGCCAUGCUCGAGAUUCAGUACGACAACGAGGUGGGCACGGGGCUGGGCCCGACGCUGGAGUUCUACGCCCUCGUGUCGCAGGAGCUGCAGCGAGCCGACCUGGGCAUGUGGCGUGGAGACGAGCUCACCAUCACCAGCCCCAAGGGCGCGUCGGAGGGCGUGCGCUACGUGCACAGCGCCCAGGGCUUCUUCCCGGCACCGCUGGGGAGAAACACGAAGGCGACGGUGCUGACGCGACUCAAGAUCAAGUUCCGCUUCCUCGGCCGCUUCAUGGCCAAGGCCCUGAUGGACUCGCGCAUGCUGGACCUGCCGCUGAGCCUGCCCUUCUACAAGUGGAUGCUGGGCGGCGAGGGCUCGCUCACCGAGGGCGACCUGGUGCACAUCGACCCCGUGGUGCACCGCUCCGUGCUGCAGCUGCGCUCCGUGCUCUGGGAGAAGCAGAAGCUGGAGCAGGAUCGCACGCAGACGCGCGAGUCUCUGCAGUCGGCGCUGGAGGCGCUCACCAUGAGCGGCUGCUCCAUCGAGGACCUGAGUCUGGACUUCACGCUGCCCGGGUUCCCGCAUAUUGAGCUGCGGCGUGGGGGCAAGGACGUCCCCGUCACCAUCCACAACUUGCAGCAGUACCUACAGUUGGUGGUGCACUGGACGCUGGUGGAGGGCGUGAGCCGGCAGUUUGAGGCCUUCAGGGAAGGCUUUGAGUCCGUGUUUCCCCUGCACCACCUGCACUACUUCUACCCGGAGGAGCUGGAUCAGCUGUUCUGCGGUAGCAAGGCGGAGAUCUGGGACGUGAAGUCACUGAUGGAAUGCUGCCGGCCAGACCACGGAUACACCCAUGACAGCCGAGCGGUUAAGUUUUUGUUUGAGAUUUUAAGUUCCUUCGACUCGGAGCAACAGAGGCUGUUCCUGCAGUUUGUCACGGGGUCUCCCCGCCUGCCCGUCGGAGGCUUUCGGAGCCUGAACCCGCCGCUGACGAUCGUGCGCAAGACGCUGGAGGCGGCGGAGGACCCGGACGGCUUCCUGCCGUCCGUCAUGACGUGCGUCAACUACCUAAAGCUCCCCGACUACUCCACGUGCUCACUCAUGCGGGAGAGGCUGCUGACUGCGGCGCGCGAGGGCCAGCGCUCCUUCCACCUCUCCUAGGCACCGUCGCCACCGCUGCUGCUGCUCCCCCCUCCCCCCCCCUUUCCCCCUGAUGACGACGACGACGCUGCUGCUGCUGCUGCUGCUUGCCCCCAUUUCCUCUCCCAACGACACCGCCGCCACCACCACCACCACCAACAACCACAAACCGAUCCCAACCACGCUCGCGCAUUACACCGCACGCAGACCCGCACACGAACCAAAGCGUACGCACGCACGCACGUUGACUAGCACCGCUGUCUCUCCCCUCCCCCACAUCCCCCAUACCCGCCAGCGGAAACCCGCGCUCCGCUCGGAUAGGGCGGAGGCAGCGCGCGCUCACCCCCAUCCCUCCACCCGCCCACCUACCCCCACCUGUCACCGCACGCCCGCGCCGCGCCUCCCUCUGCUUGACGGGCCGACGACUCGGAAGGAGGCAGGUGGAGGCCGCGCGCCGUCUCUCAUGGCUGUUGCCGUAGAAGCUCGUUUCUGUUUUAUUUCUUGGUUUCUCCCAGCAGCUGCCGACGCCGAUGAGAGGCGCGGCCCCGGCGAUUAUUGCAGCCUCCAGUUGGUGGCCCCCCCCCCCCCCCCCCCGUUCCUCAAACCCGCUUACCCACACCGCUUUUUCUCACUUUUCAUUUGGCGCUGCCGGGUGGUGAAACCACCCCCCCCCCCCAUCUGCCCUUUCCCCUCCCUCCUCCUCCACAAGCCUGGGUCAGUGCCCAGCCAAUAUCGCCUCUGCAGUUUUUGCACAGCAGGCAGGCACGCACCACGCCUACACACACCCUGACACACGCUUGCGCACACGAUCACGCACACACACUGGCACACGCUUGCGUGCACGCACUUGCUCGCACGCACUGACACGCGCUCGCACGCACUGACGCACGCUCGCACACACGCACUGACACGCACUGACACGCGCGCUUUCACACCAACGUGCACCCCCGUCGUCGGCUGUUUUGCCGCGCAGGUGCGGUGUGGCCGCCGACCCGAGGCUGGGGUUGAAGCUAAUGGGAUCCCAGAUGUUUCGUUUUGUUGUGUAACUGUUUCCACGUUUUUUCGCUUACAUUUUGAUUGGUUAUUAAGUAUUUUUGUCCCAGAUUUAUCCCUCCUGACCCUCCCUCCAACCCCCCCCCCCUUCCCUCCCUCUUACCCCCCCCCGCCCCAACAUCUGCGAGCCCUCGUCUCUCUCCUCUCUCCCACUGCCAUCGAUUUCCCCCUGAACGCGCCAACCACCCUCUGACCCCCCCCUUCCUCUACCCACGACCCCCACCCAGUCCGCCUGUUUACCUGGAGUUUAACUCCGACCCUCCCCCUCCCCGACUCGCUGGCUCUUGCCCUCCCGUCCCACUCUUCCCGUGUAUAUUUACCCGACCCAUAACCCCUGACCCCCCCCUAACCCCUGUGUGCGUGUCGCACUUGUCUCGCAAUAAUGACCUUUGGCCCCCCGUGGAGGGGUAGGUUUGAAACGGGACACAAUAAAUAAAUAAAUAAAACCCA